AGGCUGUCUGAGGUGUCAGCAUCAUGGCGGAUUCCAGGACGGGCGUGCGCGGUUCCCUGCUGGAGCUGCAGGAGUUCCUGUCCACAGCGGACCGCUGCAGCGCCGCCACGGCCAGUUAUCAGCUGAUUCGCGGCCUGGGCCAGGAGUGCGUGCUGAGCACCAGCUCUGCCGUGCUGGCAUUACAGAGUUCCUUAGUUUUUUCCAAAGAUUUUGGAUUGCUUGUAUUUAUUCGGAAAUCACUUAGCAUUGAUGAAUUUCGUGAUUGUAGAGAAGAAGCCCUGAAAUUUCUAUGUAUUUUCUUAGAAAAAAUUGGCCAGAAGAUCAUGCCUUAUUCUCUUGAUAUUAAGAAUACUUGUACCAGUGUUUAUACAAAAGACAGAGCUGCUAAAUGUAGAAUUCCAGCCCUAGACCUUCUCAUUAAGUUACUUCAAACUCUGAGAAGUUCUAGAGUCAUGGAUGAAUUUAAAGUUGGAGAAUUAUUUAAUAAAUUCUAUGGAGAACUUGCACUGAAAACAAAAAUACCAGAUACAGUGUUAGAAAAGGUAUAUGAGCUCCUCGGAGUAUUAGGUGAAGUUCAUCCUAGUGAGAUGAUAAAUUAUUCAGAAAACCUGUUCCGGGCAUUUCUUGGUGAACUUAAGACACAGAUGACAUCAGCAGUAAGAGAGCCCAAACUGCCUGUUGUAGCUGGUUGUCUGAAGGGACUGGCUUCACUUCUGUGCAACUUUACGAAGUCCAUGGAAGAAGAUCCCCAAACUUCAAGGGAGAUUUUUGAUUUUGCACUCAAAGCAAUUUGUCCUCAGAUUGAUUUGAAGAGAUACGCUGUGCCUUUGGCUGGCCUGCGCUUAUUUACCCUACAUGCAUCUCAGCUUAGCACCUGCCUUCUAGACAACUACAUGUCUUUAUUUGAAGUAUUGUCAAAAUGGUGCAGCCACACAAACAUAGAACUAAAAAAAGCUUCAUAUUCAGCCCUGGAAUCCUUUCUGAAACAGGUUUCUUAUAUGGUGGCAAAAGAUGCGGAGACACACAAGAGUAAGCUGCAGUACUUUAUGGAGCAGUUCUAUGGAAUCAUCAGGAACAUAGAUUCAAACAACAAGGAAUUAUCCAUUGCUAUUCGUGGAUAUGGACUGUUUGCAGAACCCUGCAAGGUUAUAAAUCCAAAAGAUGUUGACUUCAUGUAUGUUGAGCUCAUUCAGCGCUGCAAGCAAAUGUUUCUCACAGAGGCAGACACUGUUGAUGACCAUGUUUAUCAGAUGCCAAGUUUCCUCCAGUCUAUUGCAAGUGUAUUGCUUUACCUUGACACGGUUCCUGAGGUAUACACUCCAGUUCUAGAACAUCUCAUGGUGGUACAGAUAGACAGUUUCCCACAGUAUAGUCCAAAAAUGCAGUCGGUGUGUUGUAAAGCCAUAGUGAAAGUUUUCUUAGCCUUAGCAGAAAAAGGACCAAUUCUCUGGAAUUGCAUUGGUACUGUGGUGCAUCAGGGUUUAAUCAGAAUGUGUUCUAAACCAGUGAUCCUUCAAAAGGGUGCUGAAUCUGAAUCUGAAGACCAACGUGCCUCAGGGGAAGUUAGAACUGGCAAAUGGAAAGUGCCCACGUAUAAAGACUAUGUGGAUCUUUUUAGACAACUCCUGAGCUGUGACCAGAUGAUGGAUUUUGUUUUAGCAGAUGAAACAUUUCUCUUUGUGAAUUCCUCCCUUCAAAGUCUGAAUCGUUUACUCUAUGAUGAAUUUGUUAAAUCUGUUUUGAAGAUUGUGGAGAAAUUGGAUCUUACACUAGAAAAACAGACCGGGGAACAAGAGGAUGGAAAUGAGGCUACUGGUGUUUGGGUGAUCCCGACUUCAGAUCCAGCUGCUAACUUGCAUCCUGCUAAACCUAAAGAUUUUUCAGCUUUCGUUAACCUGGUGGAAUUUUGCAGAGAGAUUCUCCCUGAGAAACAAGUCAAAUUUUUUGAACCAUGGGUGUACUCAUUUUCAUAUGAGUUAAUUUUGCAGUCUACACGGUUGCCACUCAUCAGUGGUUUCUACAAAUUGCUUGCUAUUGGAGUGAGAAAUGCCAAAAAAAUGAAGUAUUUCAAGGGAGUUAGUCCAAAGAGUUUGAAACACUCUCCCAAGGACACAGAAAAGUAUUCUUGCUUUGCUUUAUUUGCAAAAUUUGGCAAAGAGGUAUCAGUUAAAAUGAAGCAGUACAAAGAUGAACUUUUGGCCUCCUGUUUGACCUUUGUUCUGUCCCUGCCACAUGACAUCAUUGAACUUGAUGUGAAGGCUUACGUCCCCGCAUUGCAGAUGGCUUUCAAGUUGGGCCUGAGCUAUACCCCACUGGCAGAAGUAGGUCUAAGUGCCCUCAAAGAAUGGUCACUUCACAUCCACAAGAAUGUAAUUCAGCCUUAUUACAAAGACAUUCUUCCCUGCCUUGAUGGAUACCUGAAGAUUUCUACCUUAUCAGAUGAGACCAAGAACAUCUGGGAAGUGUCAGCACUUUCUCAGGCUGCACAGAAAGGGUUCAGUAAUGUUGUGUUGAAGCAUCUGAAAAAGACCAAGCAUCUUCCAUCCAAUGAAGCAGUAUCCUUAGAAGAAAUAAGAAUUAGAGUAGUACAAAUGCUUGGAUCUCUAGGAGGACAAAUAAACAAAAACCUUGUAACGGCUGGAUCCUCAGAUGAAAUGAUGAAGAAAUGUGUGGCGUGGGACAGAGAAAAAAGGCUCCGUUUUGCAGUGCCUUUCAGAGAGAUGAAGCCUGUCAUUUAUCUGGAUGUAUUCUUGCCUCGAGUCACCGAAUUGGCUCUUUCAACUAGUGAUAGACAAACAAAAGUGGCAGCUUGUGAACUGUUACACAGCAUGGUCAUGUUUAUGUUGGGAAAAGCCACUCAGAUACCUGAAGGUGGUCAGGGUUUGCCACCCCUGUACCGGCUCUAUAAGCACACUUUUCCUGUGCUGCUUCACCUUGCAUGUGAUGUGGAUCAGGUGACAAGGCAACUAUAUGAACCACUUGUUAUGCAGCUCAUUCACUGGUUCACUAAUAAUAAGAAAUUUGAAAGUCAGGAUACUGUCGCCUUACUAGAAGCCAUAUUGGAUGGAAUCGUGGACCCUGUCGACAGUACUUUAAGAGAUUUUUGUGGUCAAUGUAUUCGAGAAUUCCUUAAAUGGUCCAUUAAGCAAACAACUCCACAACAGCAGGAAAAGAGUCCAGUAAACACCAAAUCUCUUUUCAAACGACUGUACAGCUUUGCACUUCACCCUAAUGCUUUCAAGAGGCUAGGAGCCUCACUUGCUUUUAAUAACAUCUACAGAGAAUUCAGGGAGGAAGAAUCCCUGGUAGAACAGUUUGUGUUUGAAGCUUUGGUGAUAUACAUGGAAAGUCUGGCCUUGGCACAUGCGGAUGAGAAAUCCUUAGGUACAGUUCAACAGUGCUGUGAUGCUAUUGAUCACCUAAGGCGCAUCAUUGAAAAGAAACAUCCUUCUUUAAACAAAGCAAAAAAACGACGUUUACCAAGAGGAUUCCCACCUUCAGCAUCAUUAUGUUUAUCGGAUUUGGUUAGGUGGCUUUUAGCUCACUGUGGAAGGCCCCAAACAGAAUGUCGACACAAGUCCAUAGAACUUUUUUAUAAGUUUGUUCCUUUACUGCCAGGCAACAAAUCCCCUUCUUUAUGGUUGAGAGAUAUCAUUAAGAAAGAAGAUAUUUCUUUUCUCAUAAACACAUUUGAGGGGGGAGGCAGCAGCUGUGAUCGGCUUUCAGGGAUCCUUGCUCAGCCAACCCUCUUCCACUUGCAAGGGCCUUUCAGCCUUCGAGCAGCCCUGCAGUGGCUGGACCUGCUUCUGGCAGCACUGGAGUGCUACAACACAUUCAUUGAAGAGAAGACUGUAGAUGCACACGAGGUCCUGGGUACCAGAGCACAUUCUUCCCUUUGGAAAUCAGUGGCCUUCUUUUUAGAAAGCAUUGCUAUGAAUGAUACUACAGCAGCAGAAAAGUGCUUUGGCACUGGGGCAACAGGUAGCCAACCCAGCCCACAUGAGGAGGAAAGGUACAACUACAGUAAAUGCACAGUUGUGGUCCGGAUUAUGGAAUUUAUUACAACCGUGCUCAACACCUCCCCAGAAGGAUGGAAGCUCCUGGAGAAGGAUUUGUGUAACACAAACCUUAUGAAACUCUUGGUGAAAACCGUGUGUGAGCCUGUGAACAUAGGUUUCAAUGUUGGUGAUGUCCAGGUUAUGGACCACCUUCCCAGUGUUUGUGUGAACCUAAUGAAAGCACUUAAGAAGUCCCCGUACAAAGACAUCCUGGAAACUCACCUGAGAGAAAAUUUAACAGCACAGAGUGUUGAGGAGCUCUGUGCUGUUGACUUGUAUGGCCCUGAUACCCACCUGGAGAGGACCAAGGUGGCAUCUGUUGUAUCAGCCUGUAAACAGCUUCACAGAGCUGGCUUCUUACAUGAUCUAUCAUCAUCUCAGUCUACAGCAAUGCAUCACUCCAUCGGCAUGAGACUUCUCUCCCUGGUUUAUGAAGGCAUUGCACCAGGAGAGGAAAGGCAGUGUCUGCUGUCGCUGGAUCCCAGCUGUAAGCGUCUGGCCAGUGGACUUCUAGAGCUGGCCUUUGCUUUUGGAGGACUGUGUGAGCGCCUGGUGAGUCUGCUCCUGAAUGCGGCACAGCUGUCCACGCCGUCCUCACAUAGCUCACGGAGAAGCAUCAUCAGCUUCUCCCAUGGAGAGUAUUUCUAUAGCUUGUUCUCAGAAACAAUUAAUGCUGAGCUGCUGAAAAAUCUAGAUCUUGUUGUAUCGGAACUCAUGAAAUCAUCAAUGGAUAAUCCCAAAAUGGUGAGUACCAUUUUGAAUGGUAUGUUAGAUCAGAGCUUCAGGGAUCGAACCACUCAAAAACAUCAAGGACUGAAGCUUGUGUCUACAAUUCUGCAAAACUGGAGGAAGUGUGAUUCAUGGUGGUCCAAGGAUUCUACUUCUGAAAAUAAAAUGGCAGUACUGGCCUUACUGGCAAAAAUUUUACAGAUUGAUUCUUCUGUAUCUUUCAAUACAAAUCAUAGCUCCUUCCCAGAAGUCUUUGCAACAUAUGCUAGUCUACUUGCUGAUUCAAAGCUGGGUCUACACUUAAAGGGCCAAGCUGUGAUUCUUCUUCCAUUCUUCACCAGUCUUACUGGAGGUUAUCUGGAAGACCUUAAGGGUGUUCUUGAAAAGCUCAUUGUUUCUAAUUUCCCCAUGAAGUCUGAUGAAUUUCCUCCAGGAACUCUGAAGUAUAAUAAUUAUGUGGACUGCAUGAAAAAGUUUCUAGAUGCAUUGGAAUUAUCUGAAAGUCCUAUAUUAUUACAAUUGAUGACUGAAAUUCUUUGUCGGGAACAGCAACAUGUUAUAGAAGAAUUAUUUCAGACUACUUUCAAAAGGAUUGCCAGAAGGAGUUCAUGUGUCACACAAUCAGACCUUCUGGAAAGUGUGUACAGAAUGUUCAGGAGAAAUGAUCUACUUUCAAAUAUGACUCGCCAAGCAUUUGUAGAUCGCUGUCUCCUCACCCUGUUGUGGCACUGCAGCCUGGAUGCCCUAAGAGAAUUCUUCAGCAAAAUUGUGGUGGAUGCCAUUGACACGUUGAAGUCCAGGUUUACAAAGCUAAACGAAUCUACCUUUGACACUCAAAUCACCAAGAAGAUGGGCUAUUACAAGGUGCUAGAAGUGAUGUAUUCUCGCCUUUCAAAAGAUGAUGUUCACUCUAAGGAAUCUAAAAUUAAUCAAGUUUUCCAUGGCUCCUGUGUUACAGAAGGAAAUGAGCUUACAAAGACACUUGUUAAGUUGUGCCACGAUGCAUUUACAGAGAACAUGGCAGGAGAGAACCAGUUACUGGAAAGGAGAAGACUUUAUCAUUGUGCUGCAUAUAACUGUGCCAUUUCUGUUAUCUGCUGUGUUUUCAAUGAAUUAAAAUUUUACCAGGGUUUUCUGUUUAGUGAAAAGCCAGAAAAGAACUUACUUAUUUUUGAAAAUCUGAUAGACCUGAAUCGCUGCUAUAUGUUUCCCAUAGAAGUUGAGGUUCCCAUGGAAAGAAAAAAAAAGUACAUUGAAAUUAGGAAAGAAGUCAGAGAGGCUGCAAAUGAGGAUUCAGAUGGUCCUCAUUAUAUGUCUUCCUUGUCAUACAUGGCAGACAGUAGCCUGAGUGAGGAAAUGAGUCAAUUUGAUUUCUCAACUGGAGUCCAGAGCUAUUCAUACAACUCCCAAGACCCUAAAUCUACUGCUGGUCAUUUUCGGCGACGGGAACGUCAAGACACUAAGAUCCAAGAGGAUAUCUUGGAGUUAGAGAUGGAUGAGCUCAAUCAACAUGAAUGUAUGGCAACCAUGACAGCCCUGAUUAAACACAUGCAGAGAAAUCUGAGCUCACCCAAAGGCGAAGAGAGUUCAGUGUCAAAAGAUCUUCCUCCUUGGAUGAAGUUUCUUCAUGACAAACUAGGAAAUCCAGCGGUACCAUUAAAUAUUCGUCUCUUCUUAGCCAAGCUUAUUAUUAAUACAGAAGAGGUCUUUCGUCCUUAUGCAAAGCACUGGCUUGGCCCCUUGCUGCACCUGGCAGUUGCUGAAAACAGUGGGGGAGAAGGAAUUCACUACAUGGUGGUUGAGAUAGUGGCUACUGUUCUUUCAUGGACAGGCGUGGCUACCCCUACAGGGGUCCCUAAAGAUGAAGUGUUAGCAAAUCGAUUGCUUCAUUUCCUAAUGAAACAUGUCUUCCAUUCUAAAAGAGCUGUGUUUAGACACAACCUUGAAAUUAUAAAAACCCUUGUUGAAUGCUGGAAGGAUUGCCUCUCCAUCCCAUAUAGGUUAAUAUUUGAAAAGUUUUCCAGUCGAGAUCCUAAUUCUAAGGACAAUUCUGUAGGGAUUCAAUUAUUAGGAAUUGUAAUGGCCAAUAGCUUGCCUCCCUAUGACCCAAAAUGUGGCAUAGAGAGUACUAAAUACUUUCAAGCUUUGGUCAAUAACAUGUCCUUUGUAAAAUAUAAAGAGGUUUAUGCUGCAGCUGCAGAAGUUCUAGGACUUAUUCUUCAUUAUGUUACUAAGAAAAAAAAUAUACUGGAGGAAUCAGUCUGUGAACUGGUUGUAAAACAAUUGAGGCAACAUCAGAAUACAAUGGAGGACAAAUUUAUCGUGUGCUUGAACAAAGCAGUGAAGAGCUUUCCUCCCCUGGCAGACAGGUUUUUGAAUGCAGUGUUCUUUCUGCUGCCAAAAUUUCAUGGAGUGAUGAAGACACUUUGUCUGGAGGUGAUACUUUCUCGUGCAGAGGAAAUAUCAGACCUGUACUUGCAGUUAAAGAGCAAGGACUUUAUUCAAGUCAUGAGACAUAGAGAUGAUGAAAGACAAAAAGUGUGUUUGGACAUAAUUUAUAAGAUGAUGUCAAAAUUAAAACCAAUAGAACUCCGAGAACUUCUGAACGCUAUCGUAGAAUUCGUUUCCCAUCCUUCUCCAAUGUGCAGGGAACAAAUGUAUAACAUUCUUAUGUGGAUUUAUGAUAAUUACAGAGAUCCAGAAAGUCAAAAGGAUGAUGACUCCCAGGAAAUAUUUAGAUUGGCAAAAGAUGUGCUGAUUCAAGGCUUGAUCGAUGAGAACCUUGGGCUUCAAUUAAUCAUUCGGAAUUUCUGGAGCCAUGAAACCAGGUUACCUUCAAAUACACUGGACCGACUGUUGGCACUAAAUUCCUUAUAUUCUCCUAAGAUAGAAGGCCACUUUUUAAGUUUAGCAACAAAUUUUCUGCUUGAAAUGACCAGCAUGAGCCCAGAUUACCCAAACCUCAUGUUUGAGCACCCUCUGUCAGAGUGUGAAUUUCAGGAGUAUACCAUUGAUCCUGACUGGCGUUUCCGAAGUACUGUUCUUACACCAAUGUUUAUUGAGACCCAGGCCUCCCCAAGUGCUCUGCAGACCCGCACCCAGGAAGACUCCCUCCCAGCUCAAGGGCCAAAGGCUGGGCAAGUAAGGGCCACUCAACAGCAAUAUGAUUUCACACCCACACAAACUGCAGAAGAAAGAAGCUCAUUUAAUUGGCUGACUGGGAGCAGUAUUGACCCCCUGGCUGAUUAUACGAUCUCCUCGUCGUCAACUGAUUCUUUGUCUUCUUCCCUCCUCUUUGCCCACAAGAGAAGUGAAAGGUCCCAGAGAGUACCCUGGAAGUCAGUGGGAUCUAAUUUUGGGGAAAAAAGGCUGAGCCUGCCUGGGGAUGAGGUGGAUAACAAAGUGAAAGGUAGCACAAACAACCGGGCAGAAAUACUAAGAUUACGCAGACGAUUUUUAAAGAACCAAGAAAAACUCAGUUUGAUUUAUGCCAAAAAAGGCAUUGUUGAACAAAAACGAGAGAAGGAGAUCAAGAGUGAGUUGAAAAUGAAGCAAGACGCACAGAUCAUUUUGUAUAGAAGUUACCGUCAUGGAGACCUUCCUGACAUCCAGAUCCAGUACAGCAGCCUGAUCACCCCUUUGCAGGCUGUGGCCCAGAGAGACCCAUUAAUUGCAAAACAGCUCUUUAGCAGCUUGUUUUCUGGGAUACUCAAAGAAAUAGAUAGAUUUAAAACAGUGUCUGAAAAAAACAACAUCAUUCAAAAGUUGCUCGAAGACUUCAAUCGUUUUCUUAACACCACUUUUUUGUUCUUUCCACCUUUUGUGUCUUGCAUCCAGGAGAUCAGUUGCCAACACCCAGACUUGCUGAGCCUCCAUCCGACCGCUGUCCGAACUGGCAGUCUGGCGAGUCUGCAGCAGCCUGGUGGCAUCCGCCUGCUCGAAGAAGCCCUGCUCCACCUGGCACCUCCAGAGCUACCCACCAAACGAGUCCGGGGCAAGACCUGUCUCCCUCCUGACAUCCUCCGGUGGAUGGAACUUGCUAAAUUGUAUAGAUCAAUUGGAGAAUAUGAUGUCCUCCGUGGUAUUUUUAGCAAUGAGAUAGGAACAAAGCAAGUUACUCAGAAUGCAUUACUAGCAGAAGCCAGAAGCGAUUAUUCUGAAGCUGCUAAGCAGUAUAAUGAGGCUCUCAAUAAACAAGAGUGGGUAGAUGGUGAGCCCACAGAAGCUGAGAAGGACUUUUGGGAACUAGCAUCUCUCGACUGCUACAACCACCUCUCUGAGUGGAAGUCACUAGAGUACUGUUCUACAGCCAGUGUAGACAGUGAGAACCCUCCAGAUUUAAGUAAAAUGUGGAGUGAACCAUUUUAUCAAGAGACAUAUCUACCAUACAUGAUCCGCAGCAAGUUGAAGCUCCUGCUUCGAGGCGAGGGCAACCAGUCCCUGCUGUCAUUCAUGGACGAGGCCAUGCGCAGGGAGCUGCAGCAGGUGCUCACAGAGCUGCAGUACAGCCAGGAGCUGAGUCUUCUCUACGUCUUGCAGGAUGAUCUUGACAGGGCCAAGUAUUAUGUUGAAAAGGGCAUUCAGAUUUUUCUACAGAAUUAUUGUAGUAUUGAUGUCCUAUUACAUAGAAGUAGACUCACCAAAUUACAGUCUGUACAAGCUUUAACAGAAAUUCAGGAAUUUAUCAGCUUUAUAAGUAAACAAGAUAAUUUAUCAUCUCAAGUUUCCCUUAAGAAACUUCUAAAAACCUGGACAAACAGAUAUCCAGAUGCUAAAAUGGACCCAAUGAACAUCUGGGAUGACAUCAUCACAAAUCGGUGUUUCUUUCUCAGCAAAAUAGAGGAAAAACUGGCUUCGCUUUCAGAUGACAGCACUAGUGUGGGUGAAGACGAAGGUCACAGUGACAAGGGGGAUGGCAAUGAGCUAGAGGAAGGAGUUGCCUCCCUCAUCCAGAGCUGCAGGUUUUCCAUGAAGAUGAAGAUGACAGAAAGUGCACGCCAACAGAAUAAUUUCUCACUUGCCAUGAAACUGCUGAAGGAGAUGCAUAAGGAGUCAAAGACGAGAGCCGACUGGCAGAUGCAGUGGGUGCAGAGCUACUGCUGGCUAACCCACUGCCGUAGCCGAGCGCAGAGCCCCCCUGAGCAGAUCCUCACCGUGCUGAAAACAGUCUCUCUGUUGGCAGAUGAGAACACCACAUCAGGUUACUUAAACAAAAAUAUUCUGGCUUCCUGUGAUCAGAACAUUCUCUUGGGUACGACUUUCAGGAUCAUGGCUGAUGCUCUCAGCAGUGAUCCAGCCUUCCUGGCUGACAUGGAGGGGAGCAAGGCUCGACAGAUCUUGGAGCUUUCUGGAUCCAGCACAGACAGUGCAGAGAGGGUAAUUGCGGGUCUGUACCAGAGAGCGUUCCUUCACCUCUCCAAGGCCGUGCAGACAGUUGAGGAGGAGGCCCAGCCUUCCUGCUGGAGCUAUGGGCCUGCAGCUGGUGUGACAGAUGCUUAUAUGACACUGGUGGAUUUCUGUGAUGAACAGCUCCGCAAAGCAGAAGAGAAUACAUUGGGUGAAUCAAAAAAGAAAAAAACAAUUAUUAAUUCUGCAGAACUACAGGUAUAUCCAGCACUUGUGGUGGAGAAAAUGUUGAAAGCUUUAAAAUUAAAUUCCACUGAUGCCAGGCUGAAGUUUCCUAGAUUACUCCAGAUUAUAGAGCAGUAUCCAGAGGAGACCUUGAGCCUAAUGACAAAAGAGAUUUCUUCCAUUCCUUGCUGGCAGUUCAUCGGCUGGAUCAGCCACAUGGUAGCUUUACUGGACAAAGAGGAGGCCAGCGCGGUUCAGCACACUGUGGAAGAGAUUGCUGAGAACUACCCACAGGCGAUUGUCUAUCCUUUUAUAAUAAGCAGUGAGAGCUACUCCUUCAAAGAUACUCCUACUGGUCAUACGAAUAAGGAGUUUGUGGAAAGGAUCAAAAGUAAGUUGGACCAAGGAGAAGUGGUUCAAGAGUUUAUUAAUGCCCUGGAACAACUCUCUAAUCCUGACCUGCUCUUUAAGGACUGGGUUGCUGAUAUAAAAGGUGAACUAGGAAAAAAACCUAUAAAUAAAAGAAAUAUUGAAAAAUUGUAUGGAAAGAUGUAUGCGGCCUUGGGCAACCCACAGGCUUCGGGCCUGGGGCCCUUCAGAAGGAGGUUUAUUCAGGCCUUUGGAAAGGAAUUUGAUAAACACUUUGGGAAUGGAGGUUCUAAGCUAUCUAAAAUGAAGCUCAGUGACUUUAGUGACAUUACGGACAUGCUGGUUUUAAAAAUGAAAAAAGACUCAGAGCCUCCUGGGAAUCUGAAAGAAUGCUCACCCUGGAUGAGUGAGUUCAAAGUGGAGUUCUUGAGAAAUGAGCUGGAGAUUCCUGGUCAGUAUCAUGGCAGGGGAAAGCCAUUGCCUGAAUACCAUGCACGGAUCUCUGGGUUUGAUGAGCGGGUAAAAGUAAUGCCUUCUAUUAGAAGACCAAAGCGCAUUGUCAUCCGCGGCCACGAUGAGAAGGAGUACCCUUUCCUCGUGAAGGGCGGUGAGGACCUUCGGCAGGACCAGCGCAUCGAGCAGCUCUUUGAGGUCAUGAAUGUCAUCCUCUCCCGCGACGCUGCCUGCAGCCAGAGAAACAUGCAGCUGAGGACAUACCGUGUGGUGCCCAUGACCUCUAGAUUAGGAUUAAUUGAAUGGAUUGAAAAUACUUUUACCUUGAAGGACAUUCUUUUGGACAACAUGUCCCAGGAGGAGAAGGCGACUUAUAUGAGUAAUGACAUCGAAGCACCAAUCAUUGACUAUGGAGAAUGGCUGGCAAAAAUGUCAGGAAAACAUGAUGUUGGAGCUUACAUGUUAAUGUAUAAGGGAGCUAAUCGUACAGAAACAGUCAUGGCCUUUAGAAAAAGAGAAAGUAAAGUGCCUGCUGAUCUCUUAAAGCGGGCCUUUGUGAAGAUGAGCAGUGGCCCUGAGGCCUUCCUGGCACUUCGCUCCCACUUCUCCACCUCUCACGCACUGCUGUGUAUCAGCCACUGGCUCCUUGGCAUCGGAGACAGACACUUGAACAAUUUCAUGGUGACCAUGGAGACAGGUGGCAUAAUAGGAAUAGAUUUUGGACAUGCAUUUGGAUCAGCCACCCAGUUCUUGCCGGUCCCCGAGUUGAUGCCUUUUCGUCUAACUCGCCAAUUUAUCAACCUGAUGUUACCAAUGAAAGAAACGGGUCUCGUGUACAGUGUCAUGGUCCAUGCACUGAGGGCCUUCCGCUCAGACGCGGACCUGCUCACCAACACCAUGGAUGUGUUCAUAAGGGAACCAUCCUUCGAUUGGAAAAAUUUUGAACAAAAAAUGCUGAAAAAAGGAGGGUCAUGGAUUCAGAAGGUAAAUGUAACUGAAAAAAAUUGGUAUCCUCGACAGAAAAUAUGUUACGCCAAGAGAAAGUUAGCCGGUGCCAAUCCAGCUGUUAUAACUUGUGAUGAAUUAUUUCUGGGCCAUGAGAAGUCCCCUGCCUUUGGGAGUUAUACAGCUGUUGCUCGGGGAAGUAGAGAUCACAAUAUCCGUGCCCAAGAGCCAGAGAAUGGACUUUCAGAAGAGACCCAAGUGAAGUGCUUACUGGACCAGGCCACAGACCCCAACAUCCUUGGCAGAGCUUGGAAAGGAUGGGAGCCCUGGAUGUGAUGUGUGUGGGCGCCAGCAACUGUAAAGCAAUCCCCCAAACUUUCGUGAUAGCAAUCAAGGAUCUGAUUUUGCUGAAUCCCUACAAAGAAGAAAUCUAUGUAGUGAUAGAAUUGUAUAGCAUGUGUUUCAGUCAAGAUAUGAUGAGUAAAUGAAUAUUGAUAUGAAUCAAAACUAGGUUACUUGUAAUAGAAAAAUAUAUGUGUCGGCUUAUCAAAAUAAUGAGUGAAGAGUAAAUCAAGUUAGAUAAAGCAGCAGUCUCAGUAGACAGUGUUAAGUAUAAAUACCCCACGGAACAGGCUCAUUCGUUAUGGCACAUGGAGAUGGCCCCCAGAAGAUUUCAUCACUAAGAUUUUAUGCAAGCAAAACCAACUGCGCAACUGAUAAUGAUGUUAAUUAUAUGAGCACUACAGGAAUAAUAAGCAUAGGUAAAGCUAUAAUCAUGACAUUUAAAAAUGAUUGCAUUGGAUAUUUUUCUAGGUUUUUUUUUCUUUCCUUUAUGCUCUUCUAGUUUUGACCUAUUAGGAUAGACAUGCUCUAGAAGAGGAAGUCUUUAUUUAGAAGAAUGAAAACCUGGAUCUUGGCAUCCACUUUUGCUACUCACCACCGCCCCCCCCGAAGGUAGAUAAAAGUGCUUUGCAACCCAGCUCAAGAGAACCUCAGAAAUCCCACAUAUGAUGAGGACGAGGAGGAUAAAGCAUGUGAGCUAGAACAGGAAGGCAAAGCAGUGUCUUGUUUGACCGCCCCAUUCGUGUCUGAAUGGUCUCAGAAGCACCAUGGGUAUUGAUUUUGGGGUUACAAAUAAAUCUUAGUAGAUUAAUUUUGCAAACAUCAAAUCUGGAUAAAGAGGAUCAACUAUAGUUAAUUGAAAGGACCACAUGUGACUAAUAGCUGCCACAUUGGACAUCAGAACUCUAGCAUUUUUUAAAAAAUAAAGAUAUUUGUAUAACUAGGCUCAUAUUAAUAUUACUAUACAAUAUGAGAGUUACAUUCUGUAUCAUUGCUAAUUGGAGAUCUUUAUAUUGUACAACAUGAAAGUUUUUUCAUUCUUUUCCCUUUUUACUCUAUGUUUGCAACACAUGAUAAAUACAUUAAUUGUGAGGAAUUGGUACAUACACAUAUUACAUCUUGAUCCUUUUUUACUUCCCCUCCCUCUCCCUCCUCUCAAUCCCCAGGUUCCUGUUCCCUUUUUACAAGCCCAUCUCCCUGUUUCCUAUCAUCUGUCUUUUAUUUUGCUGUUUAAAUUAUUUAUACUUUGGGUUUCUCUUUGAAAGAAACCAUACUAUAUUUAACCUUCUGUGCUAGCAUUUUCUCUGUAACAGCUCCUGUGACAGCAAAUUCACCUAUUAUUCUUGUAUUCAUUGCGACUUAACAUGUCUUUGGCCACAGGUGCUGGCAGUCAUAUGGAUGCUCAUAAUGGCUGGGUGGUUUCUAAAGGCCCAAAAUGAAUAUAUCAGUGUGGCUCUUGAAUGUCACUGGCUCACAAAUCAAGGCAUUACUGUAACUCUGCUUGGGAGAUUCUCUCUGCAGCAUAGUCACGAGUUCCUGCGAGCAGCCCAGGCUGCACAGUGAUCACCAUGACAGCUGGCCAGGUCUGGGGGUGGGGGGUUUGUAGUACAAUGUUCACUCCUCACUCCACCACUUCAUUUCACCUGUUUGGUUACUUUUGUCUUCUUUGAGUGUUUUAUAUUUUAAAUUACUUUCUGGAAGGGAAAAUUUUCUGCUGUGGUGCAUGUUUUUGUAAAAUAAAUGAACUCCGAUUCAUUUGGUAAGUAAA